AUGUUCUUCCUUACUGCUAUUCCCUCGUGGAACCCAAACCCCGAAAUGUUGAUUGACUAUGAAGAGCUAGAAGCAGAGGAACAGAGUCGGGCGGAGGAGGCAGAGCAGCUGCAGCAGCAGCAACAGCAGCAACAGCAGCAGCAACAGCAGCAGCAGCAACAGCAACAGGAACAGCAGCAGCAGCAACAGCAGGAGGCAGACAGACAGAGAACUGGCGUCGCCGUGAUAAACACUUAG